CACGUAACAGCUUGUUGGGAGGGAGUGUUCUUUUGGAAUGGCUUUGACCACGUCAAUGAGGUAGUGAAUGCGUUGGCUUAAUCGCCGCUUUAAAAAAUACUGUGUCUAAAUAUAUAUACAAGCUUGUAAGUGAACAAUAGGAGGAAGGUAUACGUUAUGCAGAGAAACGUCUAAAGGAUAUGGAUGUCAACGCAGUCCUCGCAUGUCUCCUCUUGGGCGUGGUCCAAGUAUCUGCCGAGGAACCACAUGUGGAACGUUUGGAAGAGUUGCACGGGAACAUGAUGACUCCAAACUACCCCAAUAACUACAACAACAGCUACGAAGCGAUCUGGGAACUGAAUCUACCAGUGCUCAACCAAGCCUAUAAACUGGUCCUGGCCAUUGACGAUAUGGACAUCGAGGGAAGUCCCACAAACUGCUUUGACUACAUCAAAGUGAAUGAUCAGAAGUACUGUGGGACGUCACCCAAGACAAUCACAGUGAAUGGUGUCAAGAACGGUCUGAUUAUUGAGUUCCACUCCGACAGCAGUGAGACGCGAAAGGGUUUCACGGCGCAUUAUGAAGUUGUUGAACAAUAGACUACGGGACCUUGCAGCAAGAAGUUUUGUCACGCAAUCGCAAAGCGAUGGAUUUGUCACAUUUCGGUUUCAAAACUCACCAUGAGUAUUAAAAUGGUUUGAAUGCCAA